AUGACACAAUGGUUACCACUUGCCGAAAUAGCACCGUCGACACAUCUUGAUGGUCAUCUACCGUGGACAAUCUAUAGUUCCCCAGAACCUCACGAUAUUCAUCAAGGUAAACUCGGUGAUUGUUGGCUGAUGGCUGCCUUGGCACUGAUCACUGAACGACCUCAAAUGCUUCGACAUAUUCUUCUGACGAAAAAUGUGAAUCGGGAAGGAGUCUAUGUUGUACGUAUUUGUCACAAUGGUCUAUGGAAAGCUGUGCUUCUCGACGGAAAUUUCCCGUGUACAAUAGAUAACAGACUAGCUUAUAGUCGAGCUGCACGUCGUCAAUUGUAUGUUCCGUUGAUUGAAAAAGCGUGUGCAAAACUUUUCGGCUCGUAUGCAAACUUGGCAGGAGGCUCUACAGCUGAAGGUCUUCAGCUAUUAACAGGAGCGCCCUGUGAUCGCAUCAAUCUCCACCCAUUAAAUGAGAUGUUAGAUUUUGAUAUUAUUUGGGCUAAGCUCCUAUCAGCUUGCGAAUCAAAACUCUUAAUUGGUGCAUCAACCGGUUGUUUAGAAACCAAUCGACACGAGUACGAGCUCGCUGGACUGAAUCCGAAUCACGCAUUUACUGUCUUGGUAGCUAAGGCAUUGCCAGUCGGUGAUGGUCGUUUUCUACUUGUGCGUGAUCCACAUGGAACAACAAAUUAUUCAGAAGAUUCUAUCACACCAUCCAUUCGUACAUAUUUACGUUCGAUUCAUGACGAAAUGUCGAAUUCCUCCGGAAUUUUCUGGAUAACAUGGUUAAGUUUCUUGCAUUAUUUUGAUUCAAUAACUAUCUCCACAUAUGUCAGCAAUCAUUUUGAUAUUCGUGAAGCAGCUCAAUUUACCCGAUCGCCAAUAGAAUCAGUUCCCGCCUAUUAUUUUACUGUGUCAAAGUAA